AUCCUCGAGCGCUUGGCGCUUCUUGGUUUCAUACCAUAACUUGGUAGUUCCUGUUUUCUUGAAGGCCCCUAUAGCCGUUAGACAAAGAUAUCCUGAGGAACAAGGGUUAUCUACACUACUUGUGGGAGAUCACCCUAGCCUGACUGUACCAUUUUGGCGUGCAUGAAGUCCACACUACAGCGAGUGUAAUGUCCAUAUCUUUUCGUAGCGAAGAAUACACGUCAUACUUUUCGGUGUCAUUGAUGGGCAGCAACUAUAGCUCGUAGAAGAAACUAUCCCAAACCCGGCCUAGGUGUUGGAUAAUUCUACGGCGUAUUCCGUAUACAAAACAAGCCUCAGAUGGGUGAAGAGGGCUUUUAGUCCAUUUCCACGCCGUCCCGACUAGACUAAGAACCUCCUUUGUUGUAAUCAGACUUCGUAAACGGAAGGAGCCCGGGGCAGGGGUCGGUGUUAGAUUGCAGAAAAUACUGUUCACGUCGUUCCAUCAUGAUCAGCUAUGCUUUUUGUUGAGAACCCACGUGGAAACGUACGGACAUGUCAUAUGGGUGUCCUGCGAAAUCGCAUCGCCUCCCUUUGCCCAUCCAGGGGGAUCAUCGACGAUAGAUUUAAGGAAGGUUAAGGCAAUGCAGGCAGGGGGGCUGAUAGAAAGAAAAAGAACAUGUGAGCGACUGAGGCGUGUGGGGCAAAGAGGAAGACAUAGACAUACUGGCGAGAAGCUAUCUGUGGUGUCCUUAUAACGGCAUGUGGCGGUGGCGAAGAGGGCGGUUCGCGCUCUGUCUGGCCAUUAAUUGAGCAGAUCAAUGUCUGUGACGAAGGUCCGACCUGGGAAGCACAUCUUCAAUGGGCGAUGUUGUGCGGCAUACGCUUGCAAUUUGAUGAGGUAGUGGGUGACAGUCUCCAGCUCAAGGCCGCAAGCGAGGUACAACGUCUAGCAACAGAUCGACUCGACAGCUGACAGAUCAUCAAGCCAAAUCCAACCAGGCUAUAUAUCUCUCAUAACUUCUUGGGACACUUUGCAUCCCUUAUAAUGCCUUCGAUAGACUAGUUCAUGCCCCUUAGUGCCUCCCAGAAUGUUCCGCUUCAUUAUCACGCUGCUUGUCUUGUGCGGACUUGUAUCUGCACAAGACUUUUCUGUCCCAUCUGGCUGGCGACAUCCCAGUUCAUCUAGAAGUGGGAGUGAUCGAGCUGGACUCGCACAGGCCUUGCUCAGCACUGUCACUCCUCAGUUCAACUCAACGAGCGGACAAUUGGAUUCGUUAUUCUUCAAUCAGAAUGCAAACCUUCUCUCCGCAAUAUCUAUCCACGCUAUGAUAGUACCAAGUAAUGAGACAAAUCUCCCGGUCGUUCUUGCCGCUCUCAAAGGUGCCUCUCAGAGUCAACCUGGAUUCCUCACUCCUUCAGUAUGUCGUCUGCCUACCAGCCUUCUCCCUGAGAUCGCAGAAUUCAAUGUGGACCCUUUAACAUGGGGUCUUGCUGCGCUUCAUGCAUACUGUUCGUAUGCUGAUUCAUAUUUUCUUGACACGGCGACUUCCAUAUGGCAGAACAUGAGUGAUUAUCUUGUCUCGACUACCGAUGCCGAUAUUAGAUCGCACCCUUUUCGAAAUACGACCUUCCAACAGGAAUGCAACGGUACCUCGACUGCUGGGGCAGUAUUUGUCAUUGCGAAUGACCCUAUAGAUCUCACCACGAAUGCGGCAACAACGGGUUCAUUUAUGACGCUAUCGGCGCGACUGUUCGAAGCAACCGGGAAUACAACCUACCAGCUCGCAGCUCAACUCUCCGCGUGGUUCAUUCAGUCCCAUUUGUAUGACGGCACUGUCAUCAUUGAUACUUUCGACUUGUCAAACUGCACGGCUAACCUGGCCCAGGAGACGUACAACUCAGGUCUAGUCAUUGAGGGUCUCAGUGUGUACGUGAACCAAACUAACAAUGCGACCAUGCGAUCCUUCUUGAAUGAUCUGAUAUCGACUUCUAUCAAGAAUUCUACCUGGACGGGACUGGACGGAAUCAUCAUAGAAGGACCUUCGCAAGACACUGUUGCAACCAACUACGAUGGUGUAGCGUUCAAGGGUAUCUUCGUCCGUGGGCUCUACGAAGCAUGGUCACGAAGCCCCCAAGAUUCUGACGUCGCAAAGUUAAUUCAGAGUUAUAUAACUGUUCAAUACAACGCGUUGGUAGACCUCGCAAAAGCUCCCAGCAACGACUACUACGCUCCUCGAUGGCAGGGUCCUCCUGCUGAAUCCUUUCUACCGUGGGGUCAACUUGCAGCUCUCGAUGUUCUAAAUUCCGCUGCAGGCAUGUCACAAGAACCGUCACCAAGUGUAACACCACCCUCGAUAGCUUCUGCUACAACUACUGCCACUUCAACAUCGCACCACGGUCUGGCUGCGGGAGCCAUUGCCGGCGUUACCAUAGGUGUAGUAGUGGUCGUUACUCUUAUCGCAGCCUCAGCGAUUUAUCUGUACCGACGAUGCUCGCCAAAGGUGACCGAUAUUACGUACUCAACACAAACGUCGUGGAGCCUUCCCGAUCACCAGUAUACUACAAAUGUUACGCCCUUUUCUCAAACCCUCCCGGUUUCAGCCGCGCCCUCCAAACUACAGAGCGAGGGUAGUUCAAGUCAUGGUCUGCUUUCCCCGCCAGUGACCUCCACAUCCCGAUCACAGGAACCCCAUGAAGAAGUCAGUAAUGUCGCACAGAAUUCGAUUCCGGAACUGGUACAGCGUUUGAACCAGGCUAUUGCACGAUUACCACCGACAGCUCAAGUAGACGAUAUGGAUGGACCUCCUCAAUACGAGAGUAUACGAUAAUAAUGAAUUCACCCGUGCAAGUGUCAUAUUG